AGUCCGUGCCAUUCUUACCCUGUUGUGUCACCCCACAGGCAGGAAUGUGUGGAGCAGCUCCUGAGGAACAUGUUUGAUGGAGAGCAGACGGAGAACUGCAUCGUCAAUGGAACCCAGGUUCUGCUGACCCUGCUGGAGACGCGGCGCUCCGGGGUGGAAGGACUGAUGGACUCGUACACUCAGGGAUUCGAAAGGUCUUACACUGUCAACAGCAGCAUCCUCCACGGGAUCGAGCCUCGGCUCAAGGACUUCCACCAGCUGCUGCUCAGCCCACCCAAGAAAUCCGCAAUCCUGACCACGAUCGGGGUGCUGGAGGAGCCGCUGGGGAACGCGCGGCUCCACGGCUCCCGGCUCAUCGCGGCGCUGCUGCACACCAACACUCCCAGUAUUAAUCAGGAACUAUGCAGACUCAGUACCAUGGAUUUAUUACUUGUGAGUAUCCCAGCGGGACACGGGGAGCGGGGAGAGGGGAAGGACUUCCCGCUGGGAGCAGUUUUGCUUUCCCUUUCAUCUCUUCUGUGCGAGGGGGGCCGGAGCCUAAUUACUGCUCUGAUCUGCUGCGGGAGCAUCCAGCCCUGGAACAGCCUCUGUAACCCACAUCCAACUGUUUGGGAUUUGGAACUGAGCCUCACACUUAACAUUUCUUGUUAAUGCAGUGGAGGGUGU